AGGCAAAAGUUAGCGUCCAAGGUACAAACAGUGUCCCCUGCAAAGAAACACCUAAGGUGAAUAAUAAAUGUGAAGGUGGCUCGUCAGAGAAACGUCUUGCUUCGUGUGGAGGUCGUGUUUCUUUGAAAGGAGUUGGACGGUCUCAGCGCUAACAAACUAGCUUGGUUUUUUUCAAAAGCAUGGCAGAGCCACAGAAAAAAGGAGAAAUGCUCCCUGAAGAUGUUGGAUCAGAUGACUGCCUGACUUCAUACACACACAUCUACAGUCCAGAUUUGUUAAAAGAUCAGGUGGCUUUUAUCACAGGUGGUGGAUCUGGAAUUGGACUGAGGAUAGCUGAAAUCUUCAUGAGACAUGGCUGUGACACAGUGAUUGCGAGUAGGAACUUGGACAAGCUCAAAGAGGCAGCUACGAAGCUGUCUGCAGCAUCUGGACGCCGCUGCCUCCCUCUGUGUAUCGAUGUGAGGCAGCCUGAGAGCAUCGCAGCUGCUGUGGAGGAGACCCUGAAAGAGUUGGGUCGCAUUGACAUCCUCGUUAACAAUGCUGCUGGAAACUUCCUCUGCCCGGCUUCGUCACUCUCCUUCAAUGCCUUCAAGACAGUGUUGGAGAUAGACACUAUGGGCACAUUCAACACCAGCAAGGUGGUUUAUGAGAAGUGGCUGCAGGAUCAUGGUGGUUGCAUCGUGAACAUCUCUGCAACACUUGGAUACAGGGGGCAGGCCCUUCAGGUGCAUGCUGGCUCUGCUAAGGCUGCAAAUGAUGCCAUGACCAAGCACCUGGCGGUGGAGUGGGGCCCCAGUGGGGUGAGAGUCAACACCGUGGCUCCCGGUCCUGUCUCUGGCACAGAGGGCUUCCGCAGACUGGGUGGCCCCAGAGGCGAGGCUGCUGGUGCGUUUCAGUCCAUUCCUCUGCAGCGAGCGGGCAACAAGACAGAGAUGGCCCACUGCGCUCUCUUCCUGGCCAGCCGGGCCUCCUCCUACGUGACGGGGGCCAUCAUGGUGGCUGACGGCGGAGCGUGGCUGACUUCCGCUAACGACGUCUCCAUGCUGAUGGGUAUAGCCUCUAAAUCUGCUAAACUCUGAACAGGGGAUACUCUGUCCUCCUCCUGACCCAGGUUAUUGGUCAUCUGAAAAGAAAAGAGACAAGUGAAUGCUGAAAAAAUACUAAUUUAGGGGCCAUCUGUUGGCCAUGUACAGUAUUUGCUUUAAGUAUGUAUUGCUGGUAGAGUUUAACACAAAGAUAUACGAAAUGCUAUAUUUUAUAAUCUUAAUAGUUCAAUUAUAUAACAAUUCCGGGUUUUUUACCAAUUACAAUGCUGUGUAGCGUCAUCAUGCAUUUCAUGUAUAGUCAUGUUUAUCAAAUGCCGUUUAAUGUGAUUUUUGUAAUACAUUUCAUUUAUAAAUAAAACAUUAAUAAUUACAGUUUA